GAAGCUGAACCCCGCCGCGCCAUUGACUCGGUCCAGAGCUGCGAGGUUCCCGUGUCUCUUGUCUCAAGCCUCGGGCGGAUUGUAAACUUUGGACCGCGGAGAUAACAUGCGUCAUGGAGCGGAAGUUCGGGUGGUGCUGGUGGUGCUCUCGGCCCUGGGGUGGAGCCUGGUCGGAGGUUAUGUGUUCCAGGCCAGCAGACCCAGCGAAGGUGGAGGAGAGACGUCCUAUAGAGCCCCGUCCGUCCCUGACUCCCUGUGGGUGAGCUCCGCCGGGUCCUGUAAGGGGCGGUGCUUCGAGCUGGAGGAGACCCCGCCCCCUGGCUGUCGCUGUGACAACCUGUGUAAAACCUACUCCAGCUGCUGCUCCGACUUCGACGACCACUGCCUCAAGACAGCGGGGGGGUUUGAGUGCACGGCGGACCGCUGUGGUGAGCCCCGGAACGAGGCCUACGCCUGCCACUGCUCCUCGGACUGCCUGGAGAGGCUCGACUGCUGCUCCAACUACAAGGCCACCUGCCAAGGUGAGAGCUACUGGGUUCAGGGAGACUGUGAGGAGAUCAGGAGCGCAGAAUGUCCUGCAGGCUUCGUCCGGCCGCCCCUCAUCAUGCUGUCGGUGGACGGCUUCAGGGCGUCCUACCUCAACAAGGGGAAGACGGUCAUCCCCAACAUCGCUAAACUCAGGGCCUGCGGAACCACGGCCCCCUACAUGAGGCCGGUGUACCCCUCAAAGACCUUCCCCAACCUCUACACCCUCGCUACAGGUCUCUACCCAGAAUCCCACGGGAUCGUGGGCAACACCAUGCACGACACUGUGUUCAACGCGACCUUCACCCUCCGAGGACGGGAGAAGCUAAACCACCGCUGGUGGGGGGGGCAGCCGAUCUGGAUCACCGCGGAGAAACAGGGCGUGAAAGCCGGGACCUUCUUCUGGCCCUGGGUGAUCCCGUUGGAGCGCAGAAUUCUGACCAUCCUCCGUUGGCUCAGCCUCCCUGACAACGAGAGGCCCUACGUCUACGCCGUCCACUCAGAGCAGCCCGACACCUUCGGCCACCGCCUCGGACCCCUCAGCAGUGAGCUGGACAACCCUCUGAAGGAGAUCGACAAUGUGAUUGGUCAGCUGAUGACCGGACUGAAGCAGAUGGGCCUCCACCGCUGUGUCAACGUCAUCGUGGUGGGGGACCACGGUAUGGAGGAGGCCCACUGUGACAAGAUGGAGUUCCUCAGCAGCUACCCGCUGAACAUCGACGAGAUCUCCCUGAUCCCAGGGUCGCUGGGCAGGAUACGGGCCCGCGACCCCAACUCCAUUACCUAUGACCCUCGUGUGGUGGUGGCCAAUCUCACAUGUAAGAUGGCGGGGCAGCACUUUAAGCCCUACCUGAAGCAGCACCUCCCCAAGAGGCUCCACUACGCCAACCACCGCCGCAUCGAGGCCGUGCACCUGCUGAUGGAGCGCAAGUGGCACAUCGCCAGGAAGAUGCCAGAAGUGAGGCGGACGAGGUGUGGUUUCUUUGGAGAUCACGGCUUUGACAACAAAAUCACCAGCAUGAGGACCAUAUUUGCAGGCCAUGGUCCAAGCUUCAAGUUCCAGAAACAAGUCGCAUCCUUUGAGAACAUUGAGCUUUAUAACAUCAUGUGUGACCUGUUGGGGCUAAAGCCCGCCCCCAACAACGGCACCUAUGGCAGCCUCAACGACAUGCUGCGGGACCCGCCCUUCCUGCCCACCGUGCCACAGGAAGUGACCUCACCCUCACCCACCUCCCCUCCCAAAACCACCGUCACCUAUGACCUGGGCUGCAGCUGUGAUGAUGAGAACAAGGUGGAGGAGGUUUUCCAGCCCUUCAGCCCUGGGCCCGACGAAGGAUACUCCUACAACACCACCCACCUCCCGCUGGGCCGACCGGCCGUCAUGUUCCCGACAGACUACAUCCUCCUGCACCACCUGGACUUCAUCAGCGGCUACAGCAGAGAGCUGGCCAUGCCCCUGUGGACCUCCUUCACCCUGCUACGACAGGGCUUCACCCCCCCUCCCAGGGGGUCCGGAGGGGAGUGUGUCCGACCGGAUCCCCGGGUUCUGCCGGAGCACAGCCAGAGCUGCAGCCUCUACAGCCAGACCCCCGAGACCGGACCCGGGUUCCUCUUCCCCCCUGAGCUGGCUGGGUCUGCUGAGUCGGCCUACGACGCAUCCCUCAUCACCAACACCGUCCCCAUGUACCCCGCCUUCGCCAGGGUGUGGAGCUACCUGCAGGGGGUGCUGUUGCGGCGCUAUGCGGAGGAGCUGAACGGGGUCAACGUGCUGUUGGGGCCGGUGUUCGACCAGGACUACGACGGCCUCCGGGACACCAGCACCACAGAGGCCCCGCCCCCCCUCCCCAGCCACUACUACGCGGUGGUGAGCAGCUGUGAGGAGGUCAACCAGACGGUGGACGACUGUGAAGGAGGUCUCAAGGUCUUCUCCUUCCUCCUACCCCAUCGACAAGAUAACGGAGAGAGCUGCAACAGGGGGGAGGAGGAGUCCCAGUGGGUGGAGGAGCUCCUGUCCCUGCACACUGCGCGGGUUCGUGACGUGGAGCUGCUGACCGGUCUGGACCUGUUCCGCUCCGCCAACCUGACCCUCAGCGCCGCCCUGGGCCUGAAGACCUACCUGCACACCUUCGAGCCCGACGACUAGGCCGCCCCGUGACCCCUGGUGACCCUCACAUGACCCCCACAUGACCCCCACAUGCACCCCAAAACCUCCACUACUUCCCACUGGACCAUGACAGUACACCCCUUACUCCCCCGUACUCACCUCUG